AUGACGCUUACAUGUUGUGCGUGCCAUAAACAGGCAAAAGUUUUCUAUUGUGGACACUGCCUCAACACAAGCCCUCAGCUUUUGCUGAAGCUCAAAUUGGAACUUUACCAUAUACGUGCUGCCAAUGAGCAAUUGCGCUCGCAAGUGGAUAGCAUUCUCGAGAAAGCCAUGGAUGAAGACUCGCGUAGCCAGGACGUUCUUGCGAGAAACCUCUCUGCUCUCAAAACAGCUCAUUUGAAGCGGAGGACUAACAAAUUCAGACACAAAACGGAACAGGCGCGUAUCCGGGUGAAAGAAAAGGCCAAGCAGGCGCAAGAACUACGAGAAGUUGUCGAGGAAACGGACUUUCAGCUGGAGACUCGCCCGGAGGUGCGAGAACUCUCGCUGAAAAAUAGAAAGGAUCGCUUCCAGACCUACCAGUUUAAAUUAGACCAGUUACAAAAAGUUUUGGCCAACGCCAAAGCUAUGAAGUUCCAAACUCUUGUGCACUUGUUUCUUAUUCGGGAGAGGGAGCAUCCGGAGUUUUCUUACACAAUCAGCUUCCAACCCAUCAUCAAUAUACAAAACCUUCAUCGCCUGCCCACCAACGUCGUAGAGUGCUCGCUUCGAAGUAUGUGGGAAUUCUUGAGGCUAGCGGCGAAAGUGCUGCUGGUAGAGCUUCCGUCCACGACGCCUGCAAAUGAAGUUUUGCAUAGCCUGACUGGCAUUGUGUUAAACAUGCUGGUGUUUUUACGCACCCUAGGGCUUAUUCCACAAAAUUGCGCUGACAAGAGGGCCCAUUUAAGAGCCCUCCUGCGAGACUACGACGUAGACAAGCUUUUCUACUACAUGGUAAUGAACCGGAAGAUCCCACAGGAGUGCCAGAGCAAAAAUGAGACCUUCGUCAACUACGAAGUUUGUCACCAUGAAUUACAGAACUUGUUGCAAGGUUCAAAAAACCUGGGCGGCGUGAAUAAUACUAUGGAUGACAAGUGGUUCCUCGUCGAGUAG